CCUGCAGGACUGCAGACAUUCACAGGAAGCUGGACCAGCAAUGGCUCUGCUGAAGGUUCUGCUGCUGCUGGGGCUGGGUGUUGCAGUGAGUUCAGUGUCUCUGCAGAAGAGAAUUAUUGGAGGUGAGAAAUGUAGAGACGAUGAGCGUAGGUAUCAUGUGAAGAUUUAUGGACAUAAUAAGACACAUGACUAUAUUUGUGGAGGAUCUCUGGUCAGUCAUCGAUGGGUUCUGACUGCAGCUCACUGCUGGGAGUCAGAUCCAGGAUGGGUUAUUGAGGCACAUGUAGGAGUUCAUCCUAAAAGUGCUCCAAAGCAGAUUUAUACAAUCACUCAUCAUGAGAUUUAUAGAGACAGCAACGGUCGUAAACAUGACAUCAUGCUCCUCAAGCUGCCAAGACUAACAAUAAUCCAACCAGUCAGACUAGCUGCCUGUCCAGAUACUCUCCUACUCGGCACCAAGGUUCAGAUUGCAGGUUUUGGAGGAUCAAAACUUGGCAUGUUUGGCAAAAGAAUCCAUCAUCAUACAGAUGAUCUCCAGUGUGCAGAGAUUGAAAUUGAUAAACAUGAAAAGAUGGAAAAGCUUAUGGCAACACAUGAGUUCUUUGAGUACAGUUUCCAGGAGUGGUACAGUGUGAGAAGCUCUAAGAAGGACUCAUCUAAAGGCGACUCUGGUGGAGGAGUUGUGUUCAAGAACAGGCUGUAUGGUGUUUGUGUUUUCACUUCAAGCUACAAGUAUGCAGACAACGGACCAGCUGGUGUCAUGGACGUCUGUGGCUAUAAAAAGUGGAUAGAUGACACAAUUAAUCCAAAAUCAUAGAUUGCUCUGUGUCUGUAUUGUAGCUUAAUGUUUCCAGCAUCAUAAAAUCACAAAGUUUAGUCAAUGUUUAAAUUUCAGUUUUCAUUUAAUUAAUUUUAUGAUUUACACCUGAAUUAUUUGGAGUUUAAAGUUAUUGUGUUCGAGUUGAUCUGUGAUAAUAUCUUAUUUCUGAAUAAGUGAAGCUGCAGUUUGUAAUAAUCAGUAAUAAUAUCCACUGUCACAUGACUACAAAAUAAACGGCUGUUAUCUGA